AUGUCAGCCCAAAACAUGCCACCCAAGACCGCAGCAAGUACAGCAACCCACGAAUGUCAAGGGCACAGGGAGAGACCGCAGGCCGGGAAGACAGAAGAACCCAGUAGACGACCGGAGAGACCCAAGCCCGAGAAUAGGGAAGGGAAACCGGAUCAACCCAAAGUGCAGCUCGGCCUUAGAGGCCGAGGCGCGCAAAGAACGGUAGAGAGCCACAACCGGACACAAGAAGAAGCACCCCGGCCCAACAACCAUGCAUCAACAACCCCAGGGACCCUUCCAGAACCAAAGGGGCCACAACAACCCGAAGGGAAUAGAGAAAAGAGCACCCUGCCCAAGAGCAGGAAGGCUCAGGUGGAGCAUGAGGAGACCGGAGAUGAACAAUGCCCGAGACAACCCACAAACGGUGCAAAAGGAACAACAAAACCAGAGCAAUCUGAAGUGGCUCCGCCAGUGCCGUAG